UGGUAUAUAAGAGCAUUGCAUCCCUCUCUACCUCUCUCACACACAUACAGUGUGUUUGCUGGGAAGGGGAUAGUCCAGGGGAAACUAGGGAUUACAUUGUCUACCUGCCUGUGAAGGAAUUAUUUUUCUCUCUGGAAUUUCCAUUUAACAGAUCUUGGAACAACAUCUUAAAGGGAGCCAUAGCACGUCUGACCAUCGUCAUCAUCAACACCCAGUGAAAGCAUUAUUAUCACCUGAUCACUUGUCAGUAACAUCAACACCGAACGCAUUUGACAUCAUCGAGGAGACCAUGAGCAGCAACUACAGCGCCACGCUCUUAGGCCCUGCCCCCUGGGGCUUCAGGCUGCAGGGAGGGAAGGACUUCAACAUGCCCCUCACCAUCUCCAGGCUGACAGAUGGUGGGAAGGCAGCUAAAGGUGGUAUUGCUGUUGGAGACAUAGUUCUGUCUAUUGACGGCAUCGCCACAGAGGGCAUGAACCACCUGGAGGCCCAGAACAAGAUCAAGAGCUGCACUGGCAACCUCAGCCUCACCCUGCAGAAGGCCUCCAGUGUUCCUAAACCUCCUCCUGUGGCACCAAAGGACGACAGAUCAGACAUCAUAAAACCAGUGGCCCUCACCCAUCCACCUCCACCACCCCAUCCCCACCCUCACUCCACUGUUCCCUACAACAAGAUCCCCAGACCUUACGGGGGCUGCAGAACAGAGAGUGAAUACCCUCCUGCACAGUCCCCUUUUGCUCCCUUCAUCCCAUCCCCAUCCUCUGCCUUCACUCCUGCCUCCUCCCACACCAGUCCUCCUCCUCCUCCACCACCACCUGUUUCUUACCCAUCCUCUUCCUCCUCCUCCCCCCCUGUCCUCGUUCCACCCCAGCCAUCAGUAUAUAACACACCAAUCAACCUCUACUCCAAUGAGAACGCAUGUGAGGUGGCCAUGGGGCAGAGGCGGGGCCUGUUGGAGAGUCAGGGUGGAGCCUUGCCCUUGCAGUUUAAUGGUGGACCUCAAAGUAUUUUGAAAAAACCCCAGCCACCAAGAGUUCCCAGGAAACACAUCGUGGACACAGACAUCCAUUUUUACCAUGUGCCCACUCAUGCUGAUGCCAGCAGGAAGCGCAUAAUGGAGGACACAGAGGACUGGCGCCCACGCAGUGGCACCACCCAGUCCAGAUCUUUCAGGAUUCUGGCUCAGAUGACUGGCACCGAGCAUGCUCAAGAUGAGGAAGCUGACACAGCCAAGAAGACAAAUUCCUUCACGCUUUCCUCUUCUAGUUGUCUCACUGAAUCUGAAACACACAAUGGGAAGGUCAGUGUCAGAUCUCCAACACAUCAAUCCUCUGACCAGGUAGUAGUUUCAUGCUCAGCCUUCAGUGGACUGAAUGAUGCAGAAGCUACGACCACAUAUGAUCACAUGAUCACACACCAACCACAGCAACAACAGACAGCAAGCUUAUCAGCCAAUCAGCAACGGCCAGAGGAGGCUUCUACAAUCCCCAACUAUGUCCUCAUUUCCAAACCUGGCAGCCUCUUAAAACCUCAACAUCAAGAGAACAACGUGUCACCUACAACACCCCUUCAGUUAGUCGCCAUCCCAAUGCCGUAUUCAAGCUCUGUUGACAUGUUUUGCCAAAUACACCCAACCCAUCUGUGUAACAUGAACUAUACAUCAGCUCCAGUGCUGGUACCUUUAACAUACACUGGUUCAACCCCAAGCCAAAUAAUAUCAUCUCAUACCCAAAGGCCAAAUGAUGCAGUGUUUUUGUCAGCCGACAUCCCACAUUUUUUAAGUCCUGUUUGUACCCACACUCCAGCUUCCUGUUUACCUGUUUUUAGUGUAUUACCUGCUCAAGGACUAUACUUGUCACAUGGUAGUGACUCCUUGUUAAUUCAAAACAAAGCACCAGAGACUUCUUCUGAUCCUGUCCCUGUACAUAGACCAGCUGCUUCAGACAGUACGGUUACAGAACCAUCAAGCUUUCGACUGCCCACAGCUGAAAGGUUGGGAUGCUUUAUGAAAGCUCACAUUAUCACCCUAAAAUGCAUAAUAGGUCCAAAAAAGGCUACGACUAUAAUCAAAAUGAUGAUGAUUUCCUUUACUAUUUUGCCUUGGUCUAGCAAUUCCCCUGUGACACCACUAGAGGACAGCACAUUCUCAGAAAAGUCUGAGUCCAAUGACCAUUUGACUGAUCAUGAUGGUGAUGACCACAAAUUAUAUAGCCAGGCUACAGAGUCCCUGAAGGCAGCGCAAACUCAGUUUGACCUUUCUCAUCAACACAGUUUUCCAGUCCAAGUCAAUACUCAUCUAUCUCAUAUGUCAGCACGUCAUCAUGUACUUUCUACCAAACCAGUCAGGAGAGAGCUCCUGUCAAGUCCUCUGGACUUCCUGCCCAGAGCAGCCCCCUGCCCCCCUCCUCUCACCCCCAGUGCCCCCAAACAGCCCACACGAAACACACACGCUGAGCACUGUAGUCCAGUGCAGGCGAGAGCAACUUAUCAGAGCAGUCCUUGGCCUCCUGAGAAGGCAGUGUCUCAGUCCUUAUUAGACGCCCUGCUCAUCACUCCAAUCCAAGCUCCGCCACUACGCUUGAGGAAGAAGAAGAAGCGUCAUAGUGUCAGUGAGCUGCACCUGCCCAAGAACAAGAGGGUGUCUUGGCAUCAGUCUGCCACGGAAGAGGGUGACCCUCUCUUCUCCUCUCCCGUCAAUGCUGUCUAUGUGUUUAGUGAGGAGGGAGAGGAGCCAGAACUCAACAGCCAUGAGUCUGCAGUUGUCAAGACCAUGAUCAAAGGGCCUACUGCAACCCAGGGACACGGUCCACGGACUGGUUUGAUCACCCCAUCUUUCGGUAUGAAAGGUAAUGGAAGUGCCAGUGUCCCAAGGGGUCCUGUCCCAGCCCGACCUGUACCUCAGCCCCACCCUAAAGAUGAGGACACCCUGGUCCAGAUGGCAGAACACAUCCCUGCUGGGACUCGUACACCCAUGUGUGCCCACUGCAACAUGGUCAUCAGAGGACCAUUUUUGGUAGCAAUGGGGAAAUCAUGGCAUAAGGAGGAAUUUAACUGUGCCCACUGCCGUACAUCCCUGGCAGAUACAGGCUUUGUGGAAGAACAGGGAUCUGUCUACUGUGAACACUGCUAUGAAGAGUUCUUCGCUCCAACAUGCAGCCGCUGCCAGGCCAAGAUACUGGGGGAGGUGAUAAACGCCCUCAAACAGACAUGGCAUGUCUACUGCUUUCUGUGCGCUUGCUGUCAGCGGCCAAUCAGAAACAACACCUUCCACCUGGAGGAUGGAGAACCAUACUGUGAACAAGACUUCUAUAGUUUGUUUGGGACUGGCUGCCAUGGCUGUGAGUUCCCCGUCGAGGCUGGAGACAAGUUCCUGGAGGCCCUUGGUUACACCUGGCAUGACACCUGCUUUGUCUGUGCUGUGUGCUGCACCACUCUGGAAGGCCAGACCUUCUUCUCCAAGAAAGACAAACCUCUUUGCAAGAAACAUGCUCACACACUGAAGAUAUGAAUCUCAGCCUUUCCUCACAAUUUUAUAGCCAUACAUUCUCUCUUAGUGGGAAGGCCUCAUAAUAGUAGUUAGUUCAUACAACAAUAAAUCUCAAGCAAUACUCGCACAAGCAUAGUGGUGGCUCUUGCAGGUCAGAGUAAGGGAAACACUUCCAUGUAUUUAAAAGUGAACUUAUUCUUGUUUUUCUUAUUGUAAAACAUAAUCUACUUUUGUCAUGUGAUUUCUACUAUGGGAAGUAAAAUAGCUUGUAGUGAAGGAUCUCUGUUUUUGGUUUUUAUCAAUUUUCAACAAAAAAUAAUCUGAAAGAAGCAUAUCAGUUUUAACUGAUUUUCAUCUGGAUUUUAUUUGCUCCUGCAUCCAAAAGCAGAACAGUUUUACAGACGAAUGGUGCAGUGUAUGUGUACUACCACUAGGAAUUACCAAACUCGGACAUUUAAUAAUACAAACGAUUUAAUUUCUUAAUCCAGAGUUUAAAAUAAAAAAGUUUCUCAGAAGCGUGACAGUGGUGAGACCAUCACAUUGUAACCAUUGUAAGUCAGUGUACAAAGUGGCUAAACUGUUAAAUCACACAACACUUGUAAUUAGACAGUACCAGAAAUGUGUGAAAAUAUAUAUGCAUACCCAUACUAAAUGGAUACAGAGAGAGGAGGAUAUUGGUUAUUUUCUAAACAGACAUUUAUUUUUGUUAGUGUUAAUGUUUGUGUUUCUGUAAUUAGGUUUAACAAUCUGACCAGCAGCUAUUAAGACAAGAUUAAGAGAAUAUUUGCCAUCCAGUUUCCUGUGUCAAACUUUGUUGCACACAUAUGGAAAAAGCAUAUUAUAGACAGCAAUUGAAAUAUCAGAAUCUGCAUGAAAACAUUUCCAGAAUGUACUUUUACUAAUUAUUUUGUUAUAUUAAAACUAAUUGUUUUAAUAGAGGUGAGCUGGAUGUCUGGGGUGUUGGUGAAAGCUGUUGCCUUUGAUCAGUGCUUAAACUUAUUUGAACUUUUUCUGUAUUUUUUAAAUUAAUUCUAUGUAUUUUAUUUUCCAUUUUUCGUGCAAAACUGGUAACAUUGGCAAAAAUGUUACUGGUUUCAAAAACAAAAGGUGACAUUCAGCAAUAUGAAUUUGGAACAGUGAGGCACUUGAGAAAGAGAGACAAAGAAAGAGAAGUGGUCUUUAUUUUGUGGAGGACAGAAUUGGCCCUAAAUAUAAUUUAAAUAAAUAUACAAAAUAAAGAAAAUAUAAAGCCCAUAUUAUGUAUAUUUACAUAUUUCUCCUUACUAUGAUAGACUGCCAUAUCUUGACAAUUGCAUCUAUACUGAGUGCCAUAUAGUUUUAUGAAUCAUAUUCAUAUUUUCAUUUAUUUUACCUCAUGUUAUUAUAUAUAUUUAUAUUGUAUUUUAUCAUAAUUGCAUUCAUUUCUGGUUGAUUCAGUUCUCCAUAUGCUUCAUAAAAGUGAGUAGCUCUUUCUGGCCUGGCCUGCAGGAAAAUAAGGUCAAAAGUCAUACUAUAAUCCUUGUGUAGUAAACUGUAUAUUUUAUUUUGUUUAUAGAGUGGAGAAAUGUCUUAUCUGACAAUAUAUAUUUAACUGUUUGGGUAACUGGGUUUUUUGCUUUUCAGGCACUGGUGUAGAGAAUGGAUGGGGGGUAGUUUCUUCUGUGUUUUUAGUAUUUCACUUGACUGUUUACUAACCGUCCCAACAUGCUGAUUUGGCGAUAUUUACUUUUCAUUAAGGCUGAGGGGUACAUAUGGUCUAUUUUGUUUUGUUUUCCAAACACCAGAACAAAUGGCAACAAAACUCACUCAUAUUAAUUUCACAUAAUUAUAAGAAAAGAAAGCUGGGUUUUACUGUAUUGGACAAAAGUUAGUGAGAACAGUGUACAAACACCUACAAAACUACAAUUGGCACUAUUAAAAUUGAUCCGAGUUGUCUAAUAAAUGAUGUGCUUUUAAACCCCCAAAAGAAA